CCCCUCCUUCGCCUCCUUCUCCAGCCGCUCGGGCUGCGGCUCCUCCCGGAGACCGGUUCCCGCUGUCUCUGUCUUAGCCGCCGCGCCACGGGGCCACCGGCGUGACUGACCCACCGGCGUGACUGACCCACCGGCCGCAGGCUCCGGGAGCCGCCGCGUCUAGCCCGGCCCACCUGGCCGGGAGCCUGGGACCCAAUUCGCCGUCCGCGCCCCUCGCCCUCCGCUCCUCGCUUUUUGCCCGGCCGGCUCCCGGCGGCCGACCCGCGUCCCGGCCCUUCCCGGGCGGCGCCGUAGCCACAGCCCGUGCCCAGGACAGGUAGAUAGAUCCUUAUUGACAAAAUCUUCUGGAGAAAAUCAGCUUGACAUUGUUCGGGGCCGAACACGGUGAAAUCACAUUUCACAGUUAAAACACUAUUAAGAAGACAAUAUGGGGACUCCUGGUUCUGGAAGGAAAAGGACGCCUGUAAAAGACCGAUUUUCUGCAGAAGAUGAAGCUUUGAGUAACAUUGCCAGAGAGGCAGAGGCGAGACUGGCAGCAAAACGGGCUGCCCGGGCAGAAGCGAGAGAUAUACGCAUGAGAGAACUGGAGCGACAACAAAAAGAGCACUCUCAUUAUUCCUUUGAUCGGAAAUGGGGACAGAUUCAGAAGUGGCUGGAAGAUUCAGAAAGGGCCAGGUAUUCCCACCGGUCUAGUCAUCAUCGACCUUAUCUGGGAGUUGAGGAUGCAUUGUCCAUUCGAAGUCUUGGCAGUCACAGGAGCCCGUCGAAGGCCAUAACUGGGACACACUGGAGCAGAGCCAGUACACCCAAAAGGAAAGACAUCAUGUAUGAUGCUCUCAAGGAUAGAUCGUCAAGACUUUCAUCAUUAAAUCAUUCUUACAGUCACUCUUAUGGAAUGAAGAAGAGGUCUUCUGGUUCUCAUAAAGACCCACUGAGCGGCCUCUACUUUGACCAGAGAAGCUAUAGCAGUCUUAGGCAUAGCAAACCCACCUCUGCCUACUACACUCGGUCUUCCUCCCUGUGUAGUGACCCUCUGGCGACAUCAAAGAGUACCAGGGCCUCCUCUACUGCAAAUUCUGGUCUGCUGAGAAGUACCAGUCUGGUGUCAUUGUAUGAUGGUGGAUUAUAUAACCCUUAUGGGUCUCGAACUCCAUCUGAAUACAGUUACUACUCAUCAAGAGCAAGUUCGGCCCGAAGCAGUCCCGUGUUUCCCGAUGAUGACACUGCAAGCAUUGCGUCUUCUGGUCGUGCCAGUCGUGGGCGAAGGGACAGUGUGGUGAGCGUGGUUUCUACCGCCGAUUAUUUUAGUCGCUCCAAUCGCAGGGGGAGUGUAGUCUCUGAGGUGGAUGACGUCAAUAUCCCUGAUUUGAUCAGCUUGGAUGAAAAAUCUGACAAACAGUAUGCUGAGAAUUACACAAGGCCUUCAUCUCGGAAUUCUGCCUCAGCAACAACCCCUCUAAGUGGAAACUCAUCCAGACGAGGGAGUGGAGACACCAGCAGCUUAGUAGAUCCAGACACCUCAUUAAGUGAAUUGCGGGAUAUCUAUGACCUUAAGGACCAGAUACAGGAUGUAGAAGGGAGAUACAUGCAAGGGCUUAAAGAACUAAAGGUAUUAGGGCCCAUUCUGCAGCCCAAGCAUGCUAUAUCUGAGUCUUUGUCCGAAGUGGAAGAAAAAUACAAGAAAGCCAUGGUUUCCAACGCACAGUUAGACAAUGAGAAGAACAAUUUGAUCUACCAGGUAGACACCCUCAAAGAUGUUAUUGAAGAACAGGAGGAACAGAUGGCAGAAUUUUAUAGAGAAAAUGAAGAAAAAUCAAAGGAGUUAGAAAGGCAGAAACAUAUGUGUAGUGUGCUGCAGCAUAAGAUGGAUGAACUUAAAGAAGGCCUUCGACAGAGAGAUGAGCUCAUUGAGGAGAAUCAACGAAUGCAGCAGAAAAUAGACACCGUGACAAAAGAGGUGUUUGACCUCCAGGAGACACUCCUUUGGAAAGAUAAAAAUAUUAGGGCCCUAGAGAAACAGAAAGAAUACAUUGCCUGCCUUAGGAAUGAGCGCGAUACGCUCAGAGAGGAGCUGGCUGACCUGAAGGAGACAGUGAAGACAGGAGAGAGACGUGGUUUAGUUAUAAUCCCUGAUGGCACUCCCAAUGGGGAUGUCAAUCAUGAACCAGUGGUGGGAGCCAUCACCGUGGUGUCUCAGGAGGCUGCUCAGGUCUUGGAGUCUGCAGGAGAGGGUCCAUUAGAUGUCAGGCUACGAAAACUUGCUGGAGAAAAGGAGGAGCUACUAUCACAGAUCCGAAGGCUGAAGCUGCAGCUGGAGGAGGAGCGGCAGAAGUGCUCUCGGAGUGAGGGCUCGGCAGCAGACGUGGCGGGGCUACACAAUGGUUCUGACCUGCAGUUCAUCGAGAUGCAGAGAGAUGCCAAUAGACAAAUAAGUGAAUAUAAAUUUAAGCUUUCAAAGGCAGAACAGGAUAUAACCACAUUGGAGCAGAGUAUCAGCCGACUCGAGGGCCAGGUGCUGAGGUAUAAGACCGCCGCGGAGAAUGCCGAGAAGGUGGAGGAUGAACUGAAGGCAGAAAAGAGGAAGCUACAGCGAGAGUUACGAACAGCACUGGACAAGAUUGAGGAGAUGGAGAUGACCAACAGCCACCUGGCCAAGCGGCUGGAGAAGAUGAAGGCCAACAGGACAGCACUUCUGGCCCAGCAGUAGGAGGCCACCCUCCAGCUUGGGUGCUGCUCCUGGGGCCCCUCCCAGAGGGACUGACUUUUUGUCCAUUGACACAGACCCCCUUCAGUACUGUUUGAGUUUUGUCAUUAAAAUAGCCACCUUUGUAUUUUAUAAUUUAUGAGAGAAUGAAACAGGUUUGAAUCUUCAUGAAUGAACACCUUGGAUUUCGUUCGUAGUUUGAUUCUAGACUAA